AUGGACCCGGGCGGCUACGUCAAUGAAGAUGAUGAAUUGGAACCGGUUAUGGACGAUGAAGGUGGUCAACUGAAGUCCAGCAAUGGGCAGAAGUAUAUCAUCAACAAUCCACCAAGGGGCCGCUACUGCUCCAACUGCACCAUCGCAGCGCUGGUUGGACUCAUAUUUCUGCUGCUCGCUACCUCGAUCGGGCUGCUGGUUCUGGUGCUGCAUCCGGACAGCCUGUGCACGAAAACAUCGACGCCCGUCAACGGAGCCGUUCAGCAUGCGUCAACCUUCGGGUUUACACGGGCUCCAGCGAACCCGAAGCUGAACACCGCUCUCCGUACCCUGGAGGAUGGCAGUGCUGACGGUGCACGCAACGAGGACUACAUCGACGAUGCCGCGGAAGCUCAACCCGAUCCCUUCCCCGCUGAAGCGAACAACGACGCCAAGGAUCCGGCAGUCCAGCUCUCGCGUGCCGACUUCUGGCUGCCGCGCUCUUACAGCUUGAUAAUCGAACCGAACAUCACGAGCGCGAUCAACAACGGUACGGUAACGAUCGAGAUCGAGCGGAACAGACGCUCGAAGAGCUAUGGAGGCUCUGCUGGCGACCUUCCACCGGUGGUGUUGGACAUCGAAGAUAUAUUCAUCCUAUCAACCUCGGUGUUGGACACAAACAGCGGUGAGGAGCUGCAGUACGAGACUUACUACGGUCCGCAGAAUGCGUCGUUCGUGUUUGAGCUGAGUGGCGACCUGAAGUCAGGUCUGCACAACGUAACGCUCGUCCUGAGCUUCGUGAGCAAACUGUCCGACACGCUGCAGGGCUACUACCGGGGCUACUAUCCGGAUAAGGACGCACCGGACGGUCGCAACUGGUUCGUCAGCACGCAGUUCUCGCCGAUCGACGCCCGCCGCGCCUUCCCAUGCUUCGACAGUCCCGACCGGAAGGCCACGUUCGCGAUCUCGGUGGUGCGGCCGGCCGACAAGCACAUGACGCUGUCGAACAUGGACCGGGUCGGGCAGUACGGCGAGCGGCCCGGGUUCGUGCGCGACGUGUUCGAGGUGACGCCGCGCAUGUCCACCUACCUGGUCGCGUUCAUCACGUCCGACCUGGAGCUGGCCCAGCCGCCCGCGCUCGACUUCAAGCCGUCCGUCAGCAUCUGGACCCGACCGGACGUGCGCCACCAUACGAACUACGUGCACCGCCUCACGAUGCGCAUCCUGCCGUUCCUGGAGGAGUACUUCGGGCUGAAGUACCACCUGCGCAAAAUUGACAUGGUCGCCGUGCCCGACUUUGGCUUCCGGGCGAUGGAAAACUGGGGACUCAUUACGUUCAGAGAGUCAGCGUUGCUGGUACCGGAGGACAAUAACCGCAGCUCGUCGGCCAAGCACACGGAAGCGGUCGCAUCGGUAGUGGCGCAUGAGCUGGUGCACCAAUGGUUCGGCAAUCUGGUCACGCCACGCUGGUGGAACGACCUCUGGCUGAAGGAAGGCUUCGCAACGUACCUCAGCUACGUGUGUCUCAACGUCGCCGAAAAACGCUGGCGCCCGUUCGAGAUGUUCGUGCAGAAGGAGCUGCAGGAAGCGUUCGAGAAGGACUCGGACCGCAACUCGCACCCGAUCUCGUUCCCGGUCACGGUGAACUCGGACAUCCGGCGCAUCUUCGAUCCGAUCUCGUACAGCAAGGGAGCGGCAAUCGUGCGCAUGAUGGACAGCUUCCUCGGAACGGCCGCCUUCAAGGCCGGCAUCAGCGAGUACCUGCGCCGCUUCCAGUUCGCCAACGCCGAGCAGGACGACCUGUGGGAGCUGCUAACCGCGCACGGGCACAAGGCCAGCACGCUGCCGAGCGAUAUCGACGUCAAGCGCAUCAUGGAAACGUGGACACUCCAGCCGGGCUAUCCGGUGCUGACGGUCGAGCGCAACGGCACGCAGCUUCACAUCUCCCAGCAGCGCUACAUUCUCCCGUCGCGCACGGCCAGCGACGACACGCGCUGGUACGUCCCGUUCACCGUCGUGACCGAGGGCCAGGCAGAGCGGAAGCCACACCCGAUGUACUGGUUGCCAUUCGACAACGCCUCGAUGACGCUCACCAUCGACGCCGCGGAGGACGAGUACGUGUACGUGAACGACGAGCGUGCCGGGUACUUCCGUGUCAACUACGACUACGCAACGUGGAAGAAGCUGACCAACAGCUUCGCCCAGCUGCCACCGCUCACCCGCGCCCAGCUCAUCGAUGACGCGUUCAAUUUGGCCCGUGCCGAGUUCAUCCAGUACGACAUCCCGAUCACGCUGAUCGUCAUCGUGGUGAAUCGGCCGGACGACAUGGCGGCCUGGGCGGCGUUGUCGCGCUCGCUCACCUUCAUCAACCACAUGAUUUCGCGCGAGCCGGCCUACGAGUCGUACCUGGCGGUGAUGCGUGCCGUGCUGCGCCCACCGUUCGACACCAUCGGCUUCGAGGACCAUCCGACCGAUAGCCACCUGGCGAUGAUGCACCGCGAGCGAAUCGUCGGGCUCGCCUGUCUGUUCGGGAUCGACAAGUGCUCCGUCCAGGCGCAAACGCUCUUCCGCCGCUGGAUGUCCGACUACCGCGACAACCGCAUCCCGCCGAACCUGAAGGAAAUCAUCUACUGCACGUCGGUGCGCGAUGGUGGCGUGCCGGAGUGGAACUUUGCCUUCAAGCGCUACAUGGAAACGGACAGCCCGUCCGAGAAGGAGCUCAUCCUGAACGCGCUCGGUUGCAGCGUCAAGCCGUGGCUACUGACAAAAUACCUCAACAUGACCAUCGAUCCCAACUCGGGCAUCCUGAAGCAGGACGGUGUGCGGGCAUUCCAAUCGGUCGCCACCAACUACGCCGGCAACGACAUUGCCUUCAACUUCCUGUACGAAAACAUUGAACAAAUUUACGCCUACUACGGCGACGGGUUUUCCGCCCUCAGCAAGAUGAUCGACGCGGUGACGGUGAUGAUGAACAAGCCGCAGCACCAGGAACGGUUCGAUCGGUUCGCCCGCAAGGCCCACCGUCUCGGUCUGACCACGGUCGAGAAGUCGAUCCGGCUGGCCAGGGAGCAGAUCUUGAACAACAUCUACUGGCGCUCGCGCUCCUACUACGAGCUGGAGCGCUUCCUCAAGCAGUUCAUGGUGGACAUGCACAUCAACCUUUACUAACUGAUCGAUUCAAUUAUUUAACAACAAUAUUUACGUAGGUUAGGCAUAUCGACGCGCCAAACGGUGGCAGUCGUUUUUAGUGAUAGAAGCCAAUCCGCAUAACGCGAAACAAACGCGGCGGACGAUUAGAAGCGUAAGAAGCGAUUUGAAAAACAAACAGUUCAAGAUCAAGAUCCAACAGCAGUGAGGAACAGUGAGAGAGAAAGAAAAGAUUGCGGCCGAUUAGGAGCUGAAGGGAUUAUUGCAUAAAGUUUCCCAGUUGCCAUCGCUUAAUUCGAUCGUAUUUUCCGGCAGGGUUCCGGGAGGGGGAUACACUGCUUUCAGCCCUACUUCUUCCAAUCGUAAUAACAUGAGCCAGUGUGCCUCGCAAGAAGACCUUUAACAAAGAGGAAAACAUUUUACUGCUAUAAACGUAAGCAUUUCAUUCGAAUCUUUCACCACCCUUGGUUAUCCUGCGAAAGUGCUUUAUCCUACGAUGAUGUGCUGGUCCAAUCGACAGGCAUGACUCAAACAAUACGUAUAAUAACAUUGUCGGCAGCACGGUUCUGAAAACGAAAAAGACCAGCAUUGCGAAAGGCAAUUUAUUCCGUUCCCAAAAAAAGCAAACGCCUCGGGGUGGCGAUUGAUUUAGACCGACGUGUGAGGAGACGUAAACUUUAGUAGCUAAGAAACUCAACGAAGAAAUUUAAUAAUUUAAAAUUAAGAACACUAACUUUUAAGAAUAUUUGCAUUGCUGAAUGCGGCGGAGACUAAGAGAACCGAAACGAUAUGGUUGAAACAGAACGGCGGAACGAUGGUACGCGAUUUGAUUGGCAGGCUGUGCAUGUUAAUUCGUUAUUUUACAACUCUAUUGGACUGUUUUGAGCACCAAACGGCUGCCUCCGCAUCAACUUUUUGUGCACGAAGCGCAAAACAGGAUGGGCGUACAAGUGCGAUUAGGAAAACAUCAGGUAAAUUUCGCAACCGCUGUGCUAUUUACCGACGAAGGCUGUUCUCGUUAUCUAAAAAAAAGCUAAAAAUCCAAAAUUAUUAGGGUCUGCCAGGCAAAAGUUUCCUAUUAAGUGUGUAAAACCGUAAAUGUAUCAGUAUUUAUUUUCUCACUUGCGUUUCACAAUACAUGAAAGAAGAAAAACCCAUCGCAGCACCGGACACACGGCCGUCGGCCUGUGUAUCGUGCUUUCGCAUAACUUAAGUCAUGAUAAAACUGCUUUGCCGAGCAGCACGGGGUUUUCGGCACAUCUGGACACACACUUCCAGUAGACGAAAAACCCCCCACAACUCGCAGCAAGCAGCGGAGAGGAGAAGAAAAACGGCGUUUCCUACGAGCUGCGGGACGCAGUGAAGCCAUAGACUAGACGUAAGAACUAUUGAUAAACUUUUUCUUUUCACAAUUU